ACAAGGAUGUCGUGUUCCCCAUCUCCCGAGCAGUGGGCCAUCAAACACACUAACACACACACACACUCACCAUGGCUCAAAGGCCGCGAGAAAAAACAAUCCCCAAUGGCAUCAAAUUUUUAUUCGGAGGCAUGGCAGGUAUGGGUGCCACCUGCUUUGUGCAACCCCUCGACCUUGUCAAGAACAGAAUGCAGGUUGCAACAAGUAAAGAGCACAAGACAAGUUAUCAUGUGAUAAAGCAUGUCAUCAAGAGUGAGGGACUCUUCUCCCUGUACUCUGGGCUCUCUGCGGGUCUCCUACGCCAGGCAACUUACACUACCACUCGUCUUGGCAUCUACACAUGGUUGUUUGAGAAAGCUUCUGGGCCCAAUGGUGAACCUCCCAAUUUCUUGGUCAAAGCAGGACUAGGGAUGACAGCUGGUGUUGCAGGAGCCUUUGUGGGUACUCCUGCUGAGGUAUCCCUUAUCCGAAUGACUUCGGAUGGCCGGCUGCCUCUAGCUGAGCGUCGUAACUACAAGAAUGUGUUCGAUGCCCUCCUUAGAAUAACAAAAGAAGAAGGUCUAAUCACCUUAUGGAGGGGUGCUGUGCCUACUAUGGGGCGCGCCAUGGUCGUCAAUGCUGCUCAGCUGGCGUCAUACUCUCAAGCAAAGCAGGCACUUAUAGGAACUGGUUACUUCAAAGAAAACAUUUUCCUCCACUUUGUUGCCUCAAUGAUCUCUGGUUUGGUUACCACUGCUGCCUCAAUGCCGGUUGACAUUGCAAAGACGAGAAUUCAGAAUAUGAAGAUAAUUGACGGGAAACCAGAAUACAAAGGUGCUGUUGAUGUUCUGUACAGAGUCAUUCGCAACGAAGGCUUCUUUGCCUUGUGGAAGGGCUUUACACCAUACUACAUGCGCCUCGGUCCACACACAGUGCUCACUUUCGUCUUCCUGGAGCAGAUGAACCUCAUGUACAAGAAACAUGUACUGGGUGAUGCAGCAGCUAAAGGUGGUGGACUUUAGUUACUCAUUAUUUAGGAAAAAUGUAGUCAAACAUGUAGAUGGAUUUCUUUUCUUUUUGUUUCAUGGUGAUUGAACUUGUUGCCUUGAUUGCUUACUAAAGAAGAUGCCUCUUAAAUUUUAUGUCAUCUUCUAAAACUAUUUUGGGCCAGGAUGUUUGAUUAUUUUAACUUUGAAGGCACUUUAAAGAGAUUUGUUUUUUAAUGGGGACUAGCCUGGGGGAGGGAGACAAAAAAUAAAAAAAUAGAGGCAAAAAAGAUGUUAAUCUACACCAUGAAGAUGUUAGAAAACCAGUUUUUAAAAGCAAGGCAGAUUGUAAGAGAAAGAAACACAGAAGAAGGCAAAGCAUUCCACAGUUUGACUGUGUGAGGAAAGAAGGAUGUACAUUACUAUAAUAAGUUAUUCUAAUGUGCUUGACAUCUACACAGAAAUGCUGGGCACCACAGGCAAGAUAAGUGUUACAAGCUCACUGCCUUGUACACAGUACACAGGAUGCAAAAUCCACCUAACAUUGCCCGUUAAAGUACCUAUAGUGAAGAGAAAUGGGAGAGAGAUUAUUGACAAAGGAGGAGAUUUCAUAAGAUGAAAUGCCUUUGAUUCCACACUAUCUAACAGUUGGACAGAAGAACCACCCCAGGUAUGAGAGCAGUACUCCAAGUUAGGAUGAAUGAAUCUCUUAUAAACCUGAAACAACUGCUCCGAAUUGGAGUACCUAUGGCAUCUGUACAUCAUCCCCAGUUGUCUGGCUUCCAUGACAUAUUAGAGGAAAUGGGGAGGCCUAGCAUAUCUAUUUUAGAAUUUGGCAAAAUGGUUGCAUCCUGAAAUGUGAAUGGUGGGGGAUCUUCUAUUUUAGAAACUGUAAUUGGUAAAUAUGUGUUUUCUUACUGUUGAAUCUGAUUAAAUUUCUACCUCCCCAUUCGGAGAUGCUGCAUAGACCCGCAUUGAUAGAAGAAGGCAUAUUGGCUCUAGAAACAUCUAGUUUGAGAGUUAAGGGGAAAACGAGAAGAAUGGUGAAGAGUAGAAUCAUUGGCAUAGGAAUGGAUAGAAUUAGUAGUAAUGUUCAGUAAAUCAUUGAUAAAAAGGAGGAAGAUCAUAGAUGAAAGAACAGAACCCUCUAGAACACCACUAUUGGUACAGAAAGAGCAAGAUCGAACCCCGGACAACAACUGCCAUGGAUCGAUUCUCAAGGAAGCUAAUAAUGAGAGAACAGAGCGGAGGAGAGAAUCCUUAAGACAGAAGUUUAGAAAUCAAAGAUUUCUGCCAUACCCUGUCAAAUGCUCUGGAGAAGUCAAGGGCCAUGACAAAGGUUUCCCAAUAAUCCUUACUAAGAGAGUAUGACCAAAGAUGGGUGCAGUAGGAGAGCAAAUCUCCGGUAAACAUCACUGACAGAAACCAUAGUGGUGAUCUGACAAAAGAGAAAAUGAGAGUUUAGGAUAGUUUCGAAAAUCAUAGAGAGGGAUGAAGUUAGGGCAAUGGGGCGAUAGUUAGAUAUUAGACAGGUCACCCUUCUUUGGGAUGGGCUGAACUGGGGCAUGCUUCCAAGAAGAAAGAAAAGUUUUGGUUUUAAGGCAAAGGCAAAAGAGGUGAGCAAGCACAGGUGCCAAAACUUCAACACUCCUCAAAACAUGAGAUGGUAUUCCGUCUGAUCUGAUCCAUGCACCUUACUCACAUCAGAUUGGAUAACACACCAGCAACCCUACGAUUGGAGAUUAUAGGUAAGUGCAUAGGUUUAGUAGGAGGGGUAGAGAUGGAAUUGUCUAAGGUGGAAUUAGAGGAAAAUAGGUGCCAAAGAGAAGGGUUUUUAUCAGAAGUGUUGGUUAUAGAGUUAUCAGUUCAGAAAAGAGGGAGUGCUGAAGUUAUUACAUAAAUUUUUGGUUAUGGACCAGAAAGAUGUUACUAGAAGAAGAGUGAGGUCAGCAUUUAAUUUUUACGCUGGUAAUGCUGUCGGCACUUGCCGAGACAUCUCAAGUGGAAAAGCAACAUUAAACAUAGGGAAAGUCAAAGAAGAAUUCUUGCAAGGAUUGUCAGUGUGCCCUUCAAUAGUGCCAUAAUUGGAAUUCUUUGGUAAUUUGAAUAAAGCCAAAUUUUUACUGUUGUUGAAAUUUGUUAGAAAUUUACUGUACUCAUAUAUUUGUUAUUUGUUUGGUUAGUGAUCAAGAAGGGUUUGGUAGGAUCUGUGUAGUUAUAAUAAAAUUUUAUAGAAAGACAUUCUGGUAGAAAUUGACUGGUGGUAAAAGCAGGAUCUCAGUAUUGUACGUUUUUAAAUUUAUUAUUUGUUUAGAUUGGAAACGGGUUUUACAGUACUGUACAUAAAAGGACAUGUUUAAAUUUAAGUUAGAUAAUUAUCAGACAUGUCAAGAAGCACAAUUGUAGUUAAAAAAAAUUUGGAAUGCAUUAUUAAUAUUUUGACAUGUUUAUAGAAUUCAGCUUCAGUGCAUAUAUAUUAUUUGUUAUUUGAUUGUAUAUUUUAUUUAACGCUUAAACUUCCUGUAGAAUGUUAAAAGUGAUACAGGUACUUAAUAUCAGAUUUUACUAUGGUUUUUCUUAAGUUUACUUGCAUUUUAAAUAUUGAGGAUUGGAAUUGUUUAACCUGAAAUAAAAAUUGUACUCUGGCUAAGUUUCAGGUUAAUGAUCUCAGACUGAAGGUCCAAUUCAGCUUUCCAUUUUAACUCUCCCAUCUACACAGUUAGUACAAGUAAUUGUAAUAACUGCUUUGGAAAUGAGAAGACUGAGCCAAUUGCUUUCAUGAAUGUGAGCUGUGGCCCCUUCAGGAGUAAAGCAAUUAAUUUCCUGAAAUUCAUUAUACAGUAAUGUAACAUGAAUUUGAUGUUGGCCAAAUCUCACUAUGGAUAGGUUCAAGAAACUUUGAUGAAUACUAUACAGUAGUACAGGCUAGUUUUAGGACCAUAUAUUUAUUUAUUAUUUAAUAUUUAAUAUCAAAGUUUUAUAUGAAUUGUUGCUUCUCUUACUAGUAUUACUCAUGCUAAAAUCUAGUUAAGCACUAACUCCGUCUUCCUGAUCUACCCAAGGGUUUAUAAGUGCAAUAGCAAUAUGUUAUAUUAUAUAUACUUGGGUCAAGUUAAUGGCAUUAAUACAUGAACUGAACACCAAGACUAUGAAUGGUUAAUAUCUGUUUUUCUUAGGGCAUAACAUUGUAUUUUUGUAUCCAGUUAAGUUGAAGACUAACAUUUAUUUGAAAUACAUAUAUCAAUACAUUGGUUAGUUGUCAAUUGUCAGCCAUACAUGACCCCAGCACAUAAACUAGGACUAAUAUUGUUCCUUGAAGUUUUAACUCAAAAGCUUAAAUGAAAGAGUGUCCAUAUCAAGACAAUUACAAGUUCUGUGAAUAUAUAUAAUUUCCUUGUACUGUAUAUAUGUACAUAUUUAUGAUGAGUCCACCUGCAUCAAUGGAUCUAAUAGAAGAUAUUUGUCAUGAGAACUUAUUAAUUAUAAUGUUAUGAUUUU